UCUUUGCAGGACGAAGUGCACCAUACCGACUACCGAGGAACGAAGUGAUUCAAUGGGGACAUACAGGGACGGAGUGGCGUGACGUCCAAUGCAUGUUCGGCGGCCAGGCGGCCAGUGUCAGAAGUCGUAGUUCAGGUCGGCGCAACGGUCGCGGGACGUUCUCGGUGACAUCGCAUGGGAGCCACAGCCAGCGAGGAGCUCCCGCACACCGCACGGCCGGGUCAAUAAUGACAAAACGGGCCGUCACACAGGGUGUUGCGAUGACAGCCCUGAUUGUGCCAGUCAGGUACCGACGGCUGGCCGCGCUGUGCUGUUGGGUGACGGUGAUGCUGCUGCUGCUGGCCGGUCGAACUCGUCACCCGGCGCCGGCACCACCCGGGCCGACGGCUGCUGCGCCGGGACGCUGCGCUCGCCUGCUGCGCCUCUCCACGUGUCGCCACCGCUGGGAGUCAGGGCCGCCGCCGGCGGAGGCUUGUCAGGCUCAGCCGCUCAGCGCCCAACAGGUGCGCGGCUGCGUCCAGCCGCCGCCCGGCCAGCCCGCGCCGCGCAUAGUCUUUGUCGGCGACUCGCGGAUCCGGAAAAUCUUCCACGGUGUGCUCGAUCAACUGGGCCUGCCCCUGAGCAAUCGGACCGAGCCGAUUGCGGUCGGACAUGACCCGCACUUUAUCAGCCUGAACAUGACGACGGCGCCGCCCUACUGUCAGGAGGUGUUCAAAAUUACCAUCCGGCCGCAGACCGAGCACACAGACCGCAAAAUGUUCUUCUGCAGCCAGAGCGGCGGCGGCGACUGGCUGCGGCUCGAGUACUUUUGGCGGCCGUACCUGUCGCGCUCGUACCUGGCCACCGUGUCGGAGCUGGCCGACCGGUGCGACCGGCGGCCGGAGCGCUGUCCGCGCCUGGUGGUGCUCGACAGCGGCCUCUGGUACGCGCUGCGCUUCUCGCUGACCGAGUGGGCGCCGGCGGCCGACUGGGUGGCCCGCUACCGGCAGCAGCUGGCCGCGCUGCUGCCGCACCUGCGCCGACUGGCCGCAGCCUCCCACGUCCUCUGGAAGCUGGACGAGCCUCAGUUCCGGCAGGAGACCCAGGGCGGCAAGCCGGGCAUCCUGAUGGGCACUCUGACAGCCAUCCAGGCUGCGGUGUACAGCCAGACGGCCGGCAUCGGCAACCUCACCGUGUGGAGUGCCAUGCUGCCCGACACCAUCUUCUACCACCGGAACGUGUGCUGGACCGGCCGGCAGCGGGCCGGCUUCCAGCAGACGCCGCUGUUCAAACAGUGCGGCGACAUGCACCACGUGGGCAGCCAGCUGAUCGAUCGGCACGUGACCCAGCUGGUCAACUGGCUGUGCCGCCACUCGGGGGAGCUCCCGCCCGGCCAUUGCUGCCGAUCCGAUUCGUAAUGCAGCCGCCCAUCCGGCUGUGCAUCGGUGACAUGUCUUUUCCCCAAUAUUCAUGGAGCAAGGUCAGGUGAGCACACUGGUAUGUG